GGAUCGCCAGUGACCGAAAGAAACUUUUAAACAAGUAAAAAAAAAAAAAAGAGCCUUUAGGGAACAAGACAAGGAGCAAUUGAGAAGUCUACAGAAAGAGCUCAAUGUCAAGAUUAGAGACAACAAGGAGAAGUACAGGAAGAGGCUGGAGAAUAAACUGCAGAAGGAACAAUAUCAGAGAUGUGGUCAGGGAUGAAGAAGGUUACAGGCCUCAAUUAAAAGGAGGAUCAGACGGAUGGAAGUAGGGACAGAGCAAAUGAGCUCUGUUCAACAGGUUCAGCUCAAGAACAAGCUCAUCAUUCUCUUCUCCUGACCCCAGACAGACAUCCCACCCUGUGUAGGAUUCUGCAGCAUCUCUUCAAACUGUCGUGGAAGACAUCCUCCUGGUCCCAAUACCAAAGAAAACUCAUCCAUCAGUCAUCAACAACUGCAGGCCUGUUGCCCUGACAUCCCACAACAUGAAGGUCCUAGAAAGAAUCCUGUUGGCCCACCUGAGUAAGAAGACAAGCUCAUAUCAAGACCCUCUGCAGUUUGCUUAUCAAAAUAUAGUUGGAGUUGAUGAUGCUAUCAUACACCUGCUUCAACAAACUGUCUUCUGGACAAAGCAGGCAGCGCUGUUGGCAGUUCCUCUGGGGGGAACCUCAGAUGUAUAAUACAAUACACUCCAAUUUAGUUGACCAUGUUACGAUAAAACGUAUCUAAGAAAGCUCAGCAGAUUGCCGUUGAUUAUUAAUUUUUGGAUGAUUUCCUCAUCCAGAGGAAGCAUAUUGUGCCAGUAGGGAGAAACAUCUCUCUAACAGUGCUCGGUAUGAGUGGUGGUCUCCAGCACGUAGAAACACUAUGGAGGUUGUCUCACAAUUGAUUUCCCUGUUUUUCCCAUUCCUCAGGUUUUGAAGACUACAACUGAGGCACUGAUAGAAGUUAACAUCAGUAAGAACCUGGUUGGCUCUGCCAUGGCAGGUAGCAUUGGUGGAUUUAAUGCACAUGCUGCCAACUUGGUGGCUGCCAUCUACAUAGCCUGCGGGCAGGAUCCGGCCCAGUCAGUAAGCAGCAGUAACUGCAUUACUCUCAUGGAGCCAUCAGGGCCAACAGGGAAGGACCUGUACAUCAGCUGUACUAUGCCCUCUAUAGAGGUGGGCACUGUGGGAGGAGGCACCAACCUGCCCCCUCAACAAGCCUGCCUCAAGAUGCUGGGAGUCCAGGGUGCCAGUCAGCAGUACCCAGGGGAGAAUGCCUGCCAGUUGGCCAGGAUUGUAUGUGCCACAGUGCUGGCUGGAGAGCUCUCACUGCUGAGUGCUCUGGCUGCUGGGCACCUUGUCAAGAGUCACAUGACUCAUAACAG